GCAAAACAGCAGCGAGGUAGCGGGAGUAGUAGCACCGGCAGCAGCAGCAGCAGUAACCAAAAGGCAUCUUCCUCCAAAUCAUCUAAAGGAAAGCAGUUAGACAGCGAGUAUGACUAUUCUUACGAGGAUGAGGACGACGAUGAAGUGCAAAAUGAUGGAGCAUACGGUGAGGUGGUGCAGACAACGACCAGUCGCCCGAGAAGGACCACAACAACAGUAGCCACGACAACGACGACCACAACCGAAGCAUCCCAGGAGUCAAGCAGUAGUAGCGAUGGGGACCAGGGAUCUGGCGGUGGUGGUGUUGGUGACAACCAGUAUGCUUUGUUCGUUCAAUCGGCAACGCGCAUGAAAAACACCAACCAUCGGAACGGUAACAACAAGUUCAGCAGCCACUCCAAGCAUGCCACCAGCCCCAACAAUCCUGUCGAUCCGGCCAAACAAGUGCUUGUUCCACGCCCAUACUCCUCGAUAACGGACUUUAAGCAAGCAAACUUUGGCACCAAGGAAGCCGUCGAACGUUCCUUCCGGAUCUACCGGAAUCAUAACCAAGAGGUUCAAGCACACUUGGAGCGCGUCGCGCGUCUCGGUGCGUGUAAAGUACCGAAACCGAAGGUGAUUCCGGUACCAAGCAACGGAACGUACUACUUUCUUCCGGAACGCACAAUCCUUCAUCGGUGCGACGAUGAGACGGCUUGCUGCGAACCACCGAAAAGAUGCGAAGCGAAGCACACGGAAACGGUCACAUUGUACUUCUAUAUAACCACCGUGGAUAAAAUCGCGAGCGGGAAAUCAGGAGCAAAGACCAGCGGAAAAUCGGGGCCAAGGGCGAACGCGCAAAUGAAACCGCACGUGAUCCAUAUGACUAAUCACACCGAGUGCCACUGUGUCCAACCGCGACCCUCUACAACCACCACCGAACAGCCACUGGUCAGCGGCGGCAGGUGCAGAUGCCCGCUGUAUUUCCAAUCCGUCACCGACUCCGAAUAUGAAUGUUACUGUACUUGUCUGAACAAUCGUCUUUGCGGUAACGUCACGGAAGGAAAUGAAAGCUUUUCCCUCGAAGAUCGAAGGUGCAUUAUCAGUGGAAUCUGCACUCAACCCGUUUGUAAGUAUGGUACCUACGACAGGGUACAGGGCAAAUGUCCCGCGAAAAGGGAGCAAAUCGACCAGGUGAUACCGAAAAACCGGCGGAACCACUAUCGAUAGGGACCUUCCUGGGACUCACCGGCACGACGAACUCAACGUAAAGCUAGUAGCUAAGUAGAGGCAAUCUUCGUUACCAAAACCUGUGCUAAGGCAGCCCCCGUAUUACUGCUGCUCGGCCUGCCGCCCUCCCUGCCAACCGGGGACCGGGAUAUGUGCUCAUAAAGGGUUGUCUGUGGCCAUUUUACCACCCUCUUCUUCUCUUCCGCCACAAGGCUUCUUUCUUACUGGUGUGAAAGCAUCAGUCACACCCAAGAAUCAGUAUGCACGGAAUGACAAACGUUAUUGACAAUCUCUCUCACUGUUAUUGCAUUCGCCCGUAGGGGAGGGAUUUCGAUAUGCACUGACCUCCCUCCCUCGCUAAAUGCUGCUGCCCGUAAGAAAAGUAGGGAAAACGUGUGGCAAGCUUUGCUGUCACGUUGCGAAAAGUGUACAUAUAUGUGUAGCGUGUAGCCGGGCGCAGAAGCUAGAGAGGGAUAGGUUUUUGGAAGAGAAAGGUGACAAACAAAUGUUGCCAAGAAUCUCAUCUUUGGUCAUCCAUUUCGUUUCUCUUCGUUAUUGUUACAAAAAAAAAGCUGUUAGUCACCCCGUUAGUAUCGUCACAUUUGAAUUUUUAACUGCGUUUAUAGUUAGCAAGGAUCUUAGUAUCCGAGAAAAAGUAUCUGCCUAGCUUUUGCUGCCAUCUCUAUAUACACAGCAUACCGCAGCUCCACAAUCUAUUUACAUCAUAAAUGAUCGAGCUUAUGAUGCGCCCUCCCUGAAGCCUGCGUGUGUUUGACCAAUAUGGAUUAGCUUGUGACCUGCUCCAUCAAACGGCUGCGCCCACGUGCUUGCUCAUGCGCAUGUGCACCGGUUUUAAGCAGCCCAACCACAGAAGCACGCACGUAUACACCAUGCCGUACGAUUUCCAUUUAAAUUAAACGUUAAGUAUAGAUGCUAGUCACUUAAGAAUGAUAGUAUUACUACUAAAUAUACAUCCAAACGCAAAUAUCACAAUAUCUACACUAUUACUUUACCUUCUACUCUGUAAGUGGAAUGUGAACUGUUUAACUAAAUGUAAGCUCAUCCAGCCAUACCUAGCGCCUAGGAGCAUGUCACAUUAAGUCCUUUUCUCUCCAUACACACGUAUACACACAUACACAUCUGCACACAACCACACACUAGCGUACACGAGUGAGAGAAAAGCGUUAGCGAAAGGGAAGACUAGGCUAUGUUAGGCGAAACGAAGCACCAAUAGCUUGUUGCGUUACUCUAAACACGAUUUAUGCGCCAAUCAAUUCCUAUAAAGAAGUAAAUUUUUUUGAAUAAAACAAAGAAUUGAAUCGCG